CGAGCAGCAGAUGCAGUCGCCCGUCUACUCGAUGGCACGCGGGCCGCUGCUGCAGCUGCUGCUCAUCCAGACGCAGUACAUGCGGCGCGAGCUGCUCGUGCAGAUGGGCGCGAUGGACACCCUCAUGGCACAAAACUCGCUCACCGCGACGAUGUCGGCGAUGCUGCCGGGCGCCGUAGCCCUCGCGGUCGCAGUGACAACGCUGCGCUCUGUCGUGCGGCAGCUGCGCUCGCGCCGCCGCUCUCGCGCCUCUCUGCUCAAGCAGGUGCGGCUCGUGCUGCGCGAUACGGAGCGGCUCCUCCUCCGCUCGCUCGCCGCCGGCGCAGAGGUGCUGUCCGAGGUCGACCUCGGCCUGCUCGUCAUCUCGCUGCACGCGAUGCGCCAGACGGUGCGGCGGCACCGCGUCCUCCUCUCGGCCGGAGAGCGGCAGCUCCUCUUCGAGGACUGCGCCGACCUCGAGUCGGACACGUUCGACGUGCACCACAAGAUGCUCAUCCUGCAGCGAAUGUACCGGACGCAGCCCGCGCUGCUCCUCAAGGCGGGGCCGCCCGGCGCCCCACGCCGCAUGAGGCAGGAGCUCGGCUUCGGCAUCGAGCACGACUCGGCCGCGUACACGGACUUUGGCGACGCACGCCGCGCAGCAGCAGGCAGGCGCGUGCUCUGUGGCGCGCGCCACGCAGCACGCACAACGAAUAAAUCGGAGUACUGAGAAAUAUUCGAGAGGGGGUGUGUCGUCGAUGACGAUGUCCCAAAGUGGCGUUGUGGAGUUGCGAGAAGCUGUGCACCAAAA